AUGGGUGUUAAAUAUUUUUAUUUCAGCAGUUACUUUAAUUGGAUCCAAGUUUUACUCCUCGUAAUUUGGAAUAUUUGUUUUAUUUGCAUAACAAUUAUACGUUCCAAACUGUAUUUCGCUUUACGACGCCAUGUAAACCAAAUUCAAGCUUUGCAAGCACAACGAGCGGUACCGAAAUCGAAUGGUGAAUUAGAGAAUGCAAUGAAGCUGAGAAAAUCUGCAGUCAGCGUACUCUAUCUAUAUUUUGUAUUCAUACUUUGCUAUUUACCAAUAUAUUCUUCUCUUGCUGUCCGGAUAAAUUUUGGACUACGUCGCUUCAGUGGCCCACCAUUGAAUAAUUUUUAGCUGUUCUCUCAGACACUUAUGUUAUCCAGUUAUUUACCGCUGGAGAAUGAGAGAUAUUGGACAUUCUAUCAUGGGCAUACUGCGAAAUAUAUUUGCAUGUGAUAAAAACGUUUUAAAAUUGAGAGAGGUUGGAAAGGUUAUGAGUGCUUCAGUAAAUAAAGUGUAUACUUCGCUUGCUAUUAAAUUGUUCCUUCCUUAUUCGGGGUGCGUUUCAGAAAAUUUAGCAAAGUAACGUCCCUGAAGUAUUUUAUGUGGAUUCAGUGAUUGUGUCAAGCUAUUUAAGUCACCCUCCCUUUGAAUGGAAACGAAUAAAUGGGCGCGAGUUUAUGUUUUAUUCCAAGCAAAAUCAUUCGAUUGCAAAACCCCGGGAAAUUAAUUUCGGCGUGGUAACAGGAGGAAAUGUCCAAGAUUACGAGAUUGUCUGCCGGUUUAUUAUCAUUAUUGGCGCAAGUGUUUAUGAAUAAUCUCUUGAGUGGCGUCAAAUUUACAGCUAAACAGGCAAAACAAUUCGGUUCGUUGGGUUGGACAAAACAUUUUUGUGAGCAAAUUUAUAAUUUAUUAUGUAUACUUUGGUUUGUGAAACUUGGAGGAGAAGGAUUAACGUGAAGGAGUUGACUCCUUUUCAGCAUUUACAGCGAUCAUUUUCAACAAUAUAAUAAUUCAAGCCAUAGGUAACACUUCCUCUUUACCAAAACCUUUGAAGGCAUUGCUACUGAAUCUUGCUGUAUCUGAUCUCGCUGUCGGUUUAGUAGCUCAGCCAUUAUUAACUUCAUUGAAUUGCAACUGUUUCAUGGUGGGAUUAUAAUUUACGGGUCAUCCAACUUGCACACCCACAAACGCGUUCUUGGUCUGGCGAUCUCAACAUGGGUGCUUAGUGCUUUUCAGUCAUCCUUUUUGCGUUUGGACCACUUAUACUGAAUCACAAUUAAUCAAUCCAAAUCAUCGUUUGGAGUCUUUGCUUCAUUUUCAUAACUGUUAUAAGCGACAGACUUUGCUUUGCAAUAAGACUCCAUGUAGACCAGAAUCAAGCUUUACAAGUACAACAACUAGCGCAUAAUGGGGAAUCAGCAAAUGCCGUUAGGCUGAGGAAAUCGUCGAUCAGCACAUUUUGUGUUUAUUUUGUGUUUUAUUUUAUUAUUUGCAGUUUUUUUGCAGUCUUCUUGCUAGGCAAUUCUUUAAGCUUAUUCCAACUUCACUUUGUUAUUUUCAACUUUCCGCUAAACACUAAUGUUGGUAAAGUCAUCUCUGAAUCCUGCUAUUUGCUGCUGGAGAAUACGAGACAUUCGACAGGCUGUCAAGGACCUGCUGCGAAAUAUAAUCGCAAGGCUUAUUUAA